AUGAUUCGCCAUGCAUCCCGACCUCGAGCUCCGUCUCCGCCUCGACAGAACUCCUCCUCACCCACAACUAGUUUCAUAUAUUCCACACACAAUGAAAGUGAUAAUACCUACAGUGUUGUCCAAGACAGUGUUAUCUUGUCCUCGUCGCCACCCCCACCUCCUCCGAAGAGGCGGCAUCAGGGGGAGGGCCGGAUGUUUGGGGACAGCGUGACAGCAAGUCCGGCCGGAAGUGUAUUAUCAUCAGCAGCCAAGCCUUCGGCCCCGUUGGUCACUCACCAUAAGAGCUCAUUGAGACGUCCCUCGUCCCAAGUAGACGACGGAAACGAAUCAUUGCAUCACUUGUACCAUCUUAAAAACCACGGACCAGGUGGAGGGAUUUACGAUGGGGCGACAGUGGAGGAAAUCAAAGCCCAAUUUCAGAAGCAAAUUGAGAAUAUGCUGCAGGGAGGAGGAGGAGGAUCAGGACAAUUACCCCCUAAAGGCGGUAUUAGUGGGUCUUCGCCACAAAAGCUACCACCUCCGCAUCCACCACCACAACUACCACGGCAGCAACAGCAACAAAAGCAGCAACAACAGCAUCGCUCAGUGGCCGUUAGCAAUAACCAAGUCCGCAAAAGCCAUAUUCUCUCCUCAGGGGAGAGAGAACUUAGUGACAUCCGCGAUCUUGAAAGAGAGAAGUCGUUUUUUGAAGCCAGAUCGGCUGUUCAGAAACAAAUUGAGCGGAUCUUCAGUGAUGCCUCGACGACAAAUCAUCCUAAGGAGAUCAAGCAUACCAUGCAUGGUGUGAGUCAUGCCCUGCCAGGACAAGAUGAGGACUUCCAACCUCCUCCACCUGUGCAUUAUGGAGUGAACCAAGCUGUGAUCCAAAAUGGCUCUGCAGCUCUACGAUCCAAGAAGAGCAACAACAACAAUGAAGAAAUCAGCAAAUGGAGAUCGGUGGAAAGUGUACUGAAUUCCACUGGGGAUCAUCAGUAUGGUCAAGAAUCCUUUUCAUCCCCUUCAGUCUUAAGCCCGAGCAGAUCCAAUCCGAUUCACCGCAGCAUGGAGAGUGUUCAUCACGAGAUCAAGUCGAGAUCUCCAACGGGAUUGGGCUUGAAGCGAACCAAUGCGGUGGAUAUUGACAUACGAGAUCCCGAUCUUUCCGAGCGUUUGAGAUCGUUUGAACAGUCCGAUGAACAAGCAAAAGAGUUAUCUCCACAUCCAUCUUUGGGCCGGGAUACCCAGACCUUUCCACUCAAUUCUUCCUCCCAACAACCAUUGCCAUCAACUAAGAACGCUCAGCAGAAAGAGUACGUCAAACACAAAGUGGAUUACUUGGGCGCACUUCCAAUAAGUAAUCGAUCAACCAAUCUCGCUACGCUACAAGAGCCGUUGAAGGAUCUCUAUUUCAAGUAUCGUGCUCUGCGGAACCUGGGCCAGAGUAACCUGCCGGGGACAUUAGAGAUCAAUGACACGGGUUUGACCAUUCAAUACAUCAGAGAGCUGCACAAGGGGGUUCAGGAGAUCUUCAAUCCAUUUCCCACCAUUGCAGUGUGGGCCGCCGUUAAGUUUGUCCACAAGCGAGAGGUCACGCAAUUUGGCACUAUGCACCAUCGUUUCGCUUUUUUGCCACUCAUUAGCGAUCCCGACGGUCAAGAGAAGAACAAACUGUUUCACGAUCUUGACUUGAAUGAAGUCGAAUUGGCGGCAGACUCUCCUCAUCCUCCCGUUUUUGCAUGUGUGAUGCGCAGAACCGGAUCGCCCAAGAAAUUGGAAUGCCAUGGGUUUGUUUGUACCUCCUCUGAAGAUGCCAUCAUUGUGGCCGCGAAUUUGUAUCAAGCUCUUCUCGAGACCAUGAAGAAGCAGAGACGUCGCUCAAAAAGUCGGAUCUCGCCCAACCCUGACGACAUUACCCCUCCCCCGACCAUUUUUUCGGAUUCCGACACCACAACCCCCAUUCGACCACCACGAACUAAAAGGAAAAAGAGCGGGCGAAAUGGUACGGCCGAGUCAUCACUUAGCAGCAAAACGAGCUUGAUCAAUCAAAGGAGACGAAGCGUGCGAAGUAGUAUCAGGAGUAAUCGGAGCAAUCGAAGUGUCAGAUCUAAUCAUAAAGGCCCGAGUGUCAGUUAUGACCCCACGGGCAAAGGAAGACUCGGAGGUGUGGGCGGAGGGCUGUCAAAAUCGGAUUCCAGCAGAAGAAGUAUUCGAUCCAAUGCAAGUCGACAGGACGCCUUUAGGCGGAGUUCCAGAGCCAGGGGAAGCCGACGAACCACUCCGGCCUUUAGCUUCCCUUCCACAAGUGUGGCAUCAAAUUACGGCUUGACAGAGUCCGGCACGGAUCGAGGGGAUGUUUAUACCAAAGUGGCCAUACCUAGAAGCAAAAGCUUCAUGAACGUUAACAGUCAGUACAACCUUCAAGAACUCUUCCGGGAGCUCAAGGAGAAAGAAGGAGUUGAGAGAAUUGAUGAUGUUCUGAAAAAGGUCAUCACUCCCAAUGGCAUUUCCUUCAACGAGAUCAAACCCGUCUAUCGCGAACUUCUCAUGAAACUAGCCAUGACCAUGAGCCAAGAUGAAUUAUUUCAGAGGUCCAAAUCUAUUUUGACUCAAGAGAAGAAAAAGACGCAAAAGAAAUCUGUUAAGAAAUCCAAAUCCUCUUCGGUCGCUGGUUCCGAACAAAACACCUUGAGUAGCUUCCUGAGGAUGACAUUCAGUGGUGGUAACAAGAAUAGCAACAACAAUACGAGCAACAGUAAAUCCUCGUCGUCCCCAGUUGACAAGAACAAUCAGCGAAACAACAAGAAUCCCCUGUCUCUUUCGUCGCCCUCACUCAAUGAAGGAAGUCCGCAUUCGUCUUGGAGGAAAAGCAGCUCUGGCUAUGACUCAGCGAGUCCACACAAUAGAUCGUUCAUGUCGGGUACGAUUGGCAAUUCGUCCAAUGCGCUUUCCAAAUCCCACUCCACCAUUGGUAAGAUUAGUAAGGCGGACAUAAGCGGACCAAUUCCCAUCUUGAAUCAAUCACCUCUCAAUACAACCACUCCCGCCAGUCAUGGCAAGUCCUACAAUUCGAGUAGCAAACUGAAGCCAUUCCACCCCGGGUCCAAGAUCGAAGAGGACGACUCCGUAGAUGAUGCUUACAUGUCUUGCUCCGAAUGUGGUUACGAAAGUGUCUGUACUUACGACACUUGCUCCUGUCGAGAGAAAGCACCUCCCUCUAAACCAUAUCAGGCGGGUCCCAUCUACUCGACACAAAAUGGACCAUUCGCUCCUUUGCAUGGCCGAAUAAAUAAACCCCUUCCGAACAUCCCACAACCAUCCAAACCUACUGAACCCGAAUCUGAUGUCUAUUGUGACGAUUGCGAUGGCGAGUCCUGCAUAUCUGAUGACAAAUGCUAUUGUUCGCUUCGUGGUCAUCCUGGAAUGAGCAUCUCGACAAAGUCCAGGGCAUCUUUGCACCCGAGGCAAGAUAACCAUGGCAUUGGACCAUGCCAUCACGAGGAUGUCGCCAUCGUUUCUCAUCUUCGACUUCCCAACAACACCACAAUCAUCCACUGUAACGGGUCUGAUACCCUUCGUAGCCAACAUGCCCACUCUACUGUAUCAUCCACCUCAUCGACCACUUCAUCUCAGUGUAGCAGUUGCAUGACUUGCGACAGUGGGAGCACUGCCACGGACACCACUUGCUACUCGAUUAAGCAUCAGCAGAUUAGUCUCUCCACUUGCGACACGCCACAAACAGCUUGGCGAAGAAACAACAUUCGGAUUCUUCAACACCACAACAACUCGCCCAAUGGUAUCCACAAGAUGUUGCCUUGCUCUGACCGGAGCACGUGCUCUGACUACUCCACCGAAUCCCCGUUGAGCCGGAAGAACUCGGGUGGUUCUGGGUAUCAUUCCAAUGAUUCCCUCUCGGGACCCCACCCGGGGCGUCUUUUCGUCAGCAACCCGGCCAAGGCGACUCGUGCCGGAAGUAAGGCCCCGUCCACGUGUGGAAGCAGUUCCUGUAGCUCGUCUGGAACGAGCUCGUGCAGUCAAAGGAGUUUCUCAACGGAUGGCCAAAAGAGCGCUUCCAAGGUCCUCAUGGUAUCAGCCGUGGAUCGGCAGGGCAAGGUCUUAUAUCGUGGAGCAUCCAACUCCAAUCUAGACACACUUCACUCGCGGGACUCGCAUUCACACCCAGAGGAUAAGAAGAGCGUUCUGUCUAUGAAGAAGUCUGCGGAAAUUGCCGCCGUAUUUUCUGGUGCCAGAAUUAACCAGACCACCAAUAUCGUCGACAAUGUCGACUCGGACUUAGAUUCCACCGAUUUAGUCUAUGACUCCAAGCGACCUGCUUCCAAUGGAAGCAAUGGCAGCUGUUCUUGUGGCAACAGCAACUUUUCGCGCGCUAAUUUGCAAUCGUCUUUGGGCUACUUCCCUUAAUUGACAAUCUACGUUCGUAUGAUUGUCCUUGCCAUCAAUCUAGAGACUGGUAUCAUUAUGAUUGUUUCAAAUUGUUAAGAAUUGAUACAAAUUGUGCGUUUAUCUAAGAAAGAUGUUAUACAUUCAUUUAUUAUGUCAUUUUGUUGUAACGCUAUGCUCCACGGGAUACAAGUGCAAUAUUUACUUCCCUCCCAAGCAUUAUCAAAUGAUUAGCUCUUCUUUGGCGGAUCAUAAUGUCAUUGGUGCAAUAUUUCUUCUUCCUUUUAUCCUAUCUGUAUUUCAGUAUCUGAACCAAUUAUCAGUAUUAAUUUUGUUUGUGCAAUUUUGUUACGCCCUUCGAGCGAACAAUUUUCGUAUUUAUUUGCAUGGUAUGUGAGUGUGACUGUGAUCGUUAUUUGGCCAAGUGCAAUACCUAUUUUACCCGCCCAAUCUGUGAUAUUAGUUGGUUAAGGCUCGACUAUUUCCCCAUCAUCUGACCCUUUCUGUUCAGUUCGGGACAGGCUGGGAGAAGUGCAAUAUUAGUAUUAAGUUGGUUUGUUGAAAGAACCUUUUCAAAUUAAUUCUUUUGUUUGAUUGUUAUUCGUGCUAUUGUUUUGUUAUGUUUUACCUAGACCCUUUUAUAAUAAAAUCUCUGCUACAAAACCA